AUGCCCAUAACCAACGAUGAAAUUGCCCCGGGGGCGAUAAGUCUCGGCAAGCGCAAGCGCGGCCGCACCACCGACGGACCACGGCCGAGCCCAAGCCCAUCGCAGAACACACCACCAUCUCUCGAGACAGGAUCAACCAAUGCCAGCGAUACACCCACACCAAACGCAUCAGCCCCCAAGAAACCCGACGAAAACAAAACCAAGACCAAACGGGCGAAAAGCAAAGCCCCAAAACCAACCUCAAAACAAUCAUCAACCCCCUCCUCUUCCCCUUCGCCCUCCUGGCCCCUUUACCUAAUCCACAUCGAAAAGGUCCACCGCGCCCUGAACCUCGUGUCGACGUUUGUCUCGGCCCGGCGCCAGGUCGCGCCCACGCUGGAGACGCUGCGCCCGGCGGUCGAGGCUCAUCUGCGGUGUGGGUUGGUGGUGGAGGAUGUUGCUGGGGUUGUGGCAUUGAGGAGGGGCGGGGGGGUUGGGGAUGGGGGUGGUGGUGGAGGUGGUGCGGAUGGAGAUGGUGGAAGUGGGAGUGGGAGUGGGAGUGGGAGUGGGAGUGGGAGUGGGAGUGGGAAUGGGGGUAACGCCAAUGGGAGAAACAGCGGGAUCAGGUUUGAAUACGUCAGUGAAACCGACUUAGCCCUCUCCAUGGGGGCCGUCGAGGCCGAGCGCGAGCGGGAGUACCUCGUUCAGGACAGUGAGGCGGCCGGGCCAGGCCGGGAUGAACAGGUGCUGGUGUUUGAGUUUCUGGAUGCCGAGUUGACCGAGUCCAAGGGCGUCAAGGGGCGCGGCGGAGAGGACCGUAUGCGGAUGCCUGUCUUCAGCCAGGCGCAGAUGAUGCGCUUGAUUGAGCGGCGGAAUGCCAAGUUUGUGCAGGCUGUCAACGAGUUUGUUGACCGCUGCGUUGUCGGGGGGCUGGAUCCGGAGAUGGUGCUGAAGGAUGCGAGGGAGGCGUAUGUUCCCAAGAUGGCCGAGUUUGAGGUGGAGGAACCUGGGAAACUGACCAGCACGCUCCCGGCGAGCAUACCCCGCGAGAGGAAGAGCAUACCCGAGAUUGUCCAGGAGAUCAAGGACAGCCCGUGGUACACCGGGCAGAUCGUGCCUGACGGGCACAGGGUGUUUGAAGCACAGGAUGCGGUCUACGGGGACCUAGAUUUUCUGCUCAGCCAGGACCUGGUCAACACCCUGUACAACACCAAGGGGAUUACGAGAUUCUUUGCGCACCAGGCUGAAGCCAUCAACGCGCUGCAUGAGGGGUACAAUGUCGUCGUGGCGACGUCGACGAGCUCAGGCAAGUCACUCAUCUAUCAGCUCCCCGUGCUGCACGCUCUAGAACAGGACCACAACACUAGAGCCAUGUACAUCUUCCCGACGAAAGCCCUAGCUCAGGACCAGAGGAGGAGUUUAAGAGAGAUGGUAGGCUUCAUGCCGGGGAUGGGAGAUGUGCUUGUGGAGACGUUCGAUGGGGACACGCCCAUGAGCGAGAGGAAUGUCAUCCGCGAUGAUGCGAGGAUUAUUUUCACAAACCCAGAUAUGUUGCACAUUACGAUCUUACCCCAGGAGGACAGAUGGCGAACGUUUCUAAAAAACCUAAAAUAUGUUGUCGUCGGGAACCCAGAGGAGCACUUUAAGAAGAUAUUCGGCAUCGAGGAUGUGCGGCUGGUCGACUUUGACGGGUCUCCGUCCGGACGCAAAGAGUUCCUGUGCUGGAACACUCCCUACAAAGACCCCGGGGACCCAGCAAGCGGGCGCGGAAACGCAAUGCUCGAGUGCUCUCGACUGUUCUGCGAGCUGAUCCUUCGUGGUGUCAGGGUAAUAGCCUUUUGUAGGGUUCGCGAGCAGUGCGAGAAGCUGGUAAGUGCGGUCAAACAGGAGCUAGUAACCCUUGGCCGCAGCGAGGUCGUCGCGCGGGUCAUGGGCUACCGCGGGGGAUACACGGCCCAGGACCGCCGGCAGAUCGAGAGCGAGAUGUUUGAAGGGAAGCUCCUCGGCAUUGUUGCCACAACUGCGCUAGAACUCGGCGUUGAUAUCGGAACGCUCGACUGCGUACUUACCUGGGGAUUCCCGUACACCAUCGCCAACCUCAGACAACAGAGCGGGAGAGCCGGCCGAAGAAACAAGGACUCGCUUUCCAUCCUCGUCGGUGACGGUUUCGCCACGGAUCAGCACUACAUGCAGAAUCCAGACGAGCUCUUCACCAAGCCGAAUUGCGAGCUGCAGGUGGACCUGGACAACAUGCUCGUCAAGGAAGGCCACGUUCAAUGCGCAGCCUAUGAGAUGCCCAUCCGACCAGCCGAAGAUGCCACCUACUUUGGCAACGACCUCCCCCAGCUCUGCUCAGAGCGCCUUAUCCAGGACGAGACGGGCUUCUACCACUGCCACCCCCGCUUCCGGCCGCUCCCCUCCCGGUUCGUGUCGAUCCGCGACACGGAAGAAGACCACUUCGCCAUCAUCGACACGACAAACAACCGCAACGUCGUCCUCGAGGAACUCGAAGCCUCACGCGCGACCUUCACCCUCUACGACGGCGCCAUCUUUUUACACCAAGGUAACACCUACCUAGUCCGCGACUUCAACCCGGACAAGCACCUCGCGCGGGUGGAGCGGGUCAAAGUCGACUGGCUGACCUCGCAGCGCGACUACACCGACGUGGAUCCCGUGGAGACGGAAGCCGUCAAGCGCAUCACGGGAUCGCGGUCGCGGGCCUUUUACGGCACGAUCCGCAUCCGGCAAGUCGUCUUUGGCUACUUCAAGGUAGACGCGCGGCGCAACAACCGUAUCGUAGACGCCGUCGACGUCGACAACCCGCCCGUGAUCCGUUACAGCAAGGGCAUGUGGCUGGACGUGCCCCAGCGCGCGCUCGACAUCCUCUCAGCACGGCGUCUCAACGCCGCCGCGGCCAUCCACGCCGCCCAGCACGCGCUCGUGAGCUUGAUCCCCAAUUUCGUCAUCAGCACCCCCGGCGACGUGCGCACCGAAUGCAAGAGCGGGCGCAAAGAGCUCUCCCACAACAGCAAAAAGCGCGAAACCCAACGCAAACGCCCCGCGCGCCUCACGCUGUACGACGCCAAAGGCGGCGCCGGCGGCUCCGGCAUCAACACCAAAGCCUUCGAAUUCAUCGACCUGCUCCUGCAACAGCGCGCGCGCGCGUGGUGGCCUGCCCCUGCGCGUGCGACGCCGGCUGCCCGGAGUGCUGCGCGUCGGCGACAGAUCGAUGUGGACGCGCUGCCCAUGGGGCCUGAGGAGAGCGCGCCUGUCGGGCUGGAGACGGUGGUGUUGGCGGAGGCGGUGCCGGCGAGGGAUGGGCAAGGGCUGGUGGUGGGAGGGGGCGAUGGGGAUGGGGAUGGUGAUGGUGCUGGCGAAGGUGCUGGCGACGGCGAUGGCGGCGGCGUUGGCGGGGACAGUGGAGCGAGUCAGUGA